ACCCAGGUAACCGACCCGUCUGGUGCUCGUUGCUCCGAUGGACUCGACCCGGGCUCCGGUGGCCUUCGGCCGGUGGGACGUUCCGCUGCUGUUCGGGCGGCUGCAGCAGCCGGAGGCCGCCGAGAGGCUCCGAUCUCUGGCUUCACUCUGCGAUCUGAUGAGGGACCCGGAGCGGCUCUACCGGACCGUGACCGGCGGUUUUCUGGAGCAGCUUCUGGAUCUGUUGAAGGAUGAAGAUCCGUCAGUCCGAUCCAGAACCUGUGAGCUGCUUCACCUGGUGACGGCUCACAGCAUCGGCAGACAGGCUGUUCUCUCCUCCUCCCUCCUCCCUCCACUAACUCAGCUCCUGGACGACUCCUCGUCCUCCUGUAGGAUCAACACUCUCCGAGUUCUGAACCGCCUUGCUCUGCUGCCGGCAGGUGCAGAAUCUCUCCUCUAUCUGGUUCCUCAACUGAUGCUGAAGCUCCAGCAGCAGGAUAAAGAUGAUGGAGAUGAUGGGGAUGAGGAAGAGGUCCUGCUGCUCUCCACCAUCAGCUGCUGCUCCAGACUCGAUGCUCUGCCGGCUCUGGCCUCAGACGGAGUCUCUCUGCUCGGCCGCAAACUGACCCGACGCUCCCCGGAGGUCCGCAGGGAGGCGGCGGCAUCAUUGAUGGAGCUCAGGGGAAAGCGGCAGGUAUGUGAGGGGGCGGUCCUUCCUGUCCUCAUCGGUCUGCUGCAGGACGAAGACCUGGACGUUCGGACCAACGCUGCCGGAGUCGUCAUGCACGCGGCGAUCAUCACUGAAGGGAAGCUCCGCUGUCUGCACCUGGACGUUGGUUCGGUUCUGCUGGACCUUCUGUCCAGGCAGCCGGAGGAAGACGAGCGUCCGAAGGCCUUGGUCCUCUACUCGCUCAGAGCUCUGACGGCGCUGGCCGAAGCUCCAGGCGGCCGCCGCCUUCUGCUGGAGCCUCCCCUGCUGGCCAGGAGGACCGAGGACCGGACCGGGACAUCAGGAGGGCCGCUCAGGACCGCCGUCAGGGUGGUGACCUGGACCCCUGAAACCAGAACCAGGACAGGGACAGCAGCAGUUAUCAGAAAAGGCUUCUACUCUGUAACCAAAUGUCACAUUAAAACUGUUCAGCACACAGGAAACUACCACAGAGACAAAGUCUGA